GUUCAGUGGUCUUAAAACCUAGUCAAAUUCGGUUUCGGGCACCUCCCUCAAUAACUGUUAGACCAGGAGCUAUCCAUCUGCCAACACUACCUGCUAUCUGGGUAAAACCACCACCAUUUCAACCAGCUGCCCCGGCUCCAAUAUACGUGAAGCCAGACCUAGUGCAACCGCCAACCCCAGCACCAAUUGAAGUUAGGCCUAAGCCUGUGUAUCUACCUCGGCCUGCUUCGAUUGUUGUUAAACCGGCGCCGGUUCAACCACCAAAGCCUGCUCCAAUUAAAGUAUGA